AGUACUGAAGUUAAAAUCACAGUGGUUGUUCUUUGAACUUCUCUGUAGCAAUAAGCCAUCCUCUCCUCUGCGGGCGCUCAGGCUCGCAAGGUUGCAAGUUGUGGCAAUCGGACUUAACGGGUCAAUGACCAUCUGAGUGCGUGUGCUAUUUUGGUGUACAUGUUUCGUGCGAACUUCCCAGGGUCGACUGGGACAGUCUGUUACACUGCUGUGGAAUCGCUGGACUUAAGAUGCCUCCUGCGGUGGGAUUGUCCCCGUGCCAGUCCUAAUACCACCUACACCGUGCAGACAAAGACUCAGGGGGACCCCUGGCAGGACGUACCGUGGUGCGUUUGGAUCUCGUCCUGCAGCUGCGAUGUCUCGCAGGCCUUCUCAAACUUUGAACUGUACAACAUGAUUCGUCUGGGUGUCCACCUCAGCCCCAGCUCCACUGUCUGGAUGAAGCCACGCAAGUUCGACUACAGUGACUUCACCUUCAGCCCUCCCUCUGUCUCGGCCUCUUUGAAAGACGAACAGCUGCUGGUGAAGGUGCAGUUCCCCUGUGCUGCCAACAGGAGGUGCUCUCUGGGGCGGUGCUGUCCCAUCUCUGAAUUGAUUGACCCCUGGACCACAGUGACUGUGUACAACAAGCUCAAUCACUCCGAGUACCAGAGCCGUACAGUUUGGACCCAGCAAGUUGUGUCCCAUGUGGAGUUCUCAGGUUUGUCUCCAGGUCAGAACUACUGUGCUGUGGCCAACUUCUCCUUCCCGACCUUCUCCAUGGCGGCUUCCCCGAAGUCUGCCCCUCAGUGUGUGGAGACCGUUUCCAAAUCAGGGCGGCUGCUGCCUGCGCUGUUUCUGGGAAUCGGGCUGACUUCUCUGUUCAUAGUUCCACUUCUCACCGUGUUUCUGAGAAGACCCAGACGAGCUGAACCAACCACUGAAAAUCAACCAAAGACUCCGGCGUCCAUUCAUGAUCCAGUCUCUUCGGUCCCCCUCCCCCCGGUCCCUGUCGACCCUCGUGACAUCCACCUGGAGUUUGUGAGUCUUGCAGCCAGCGCUGGACAAAGGUUUGGCUGAACCCAUCAUACAUCACUAAAGGGAAAGAAACGCUCUGGGUUGUUUGCAUUUCUUUAAGUCUUGGACGGCGCUGAGCCCAGGAUGCAGCGACGGCGCCCUGUCGACAUGCCCCUGCAAACAUAGUGUCAUCAGAUCGGAAGGAGAGGAGACAUCCGUCUGAAGAAGGUGGCCAAUGACUUAUACGUACAGUCUAAGACUAGGAAUUCAAUUCUCCAUCGAGGACCUCGACACACACCAGUGAUCCUCUCCGUCCCGACCCCGGAUCAGGUGCGGCUGCGUGCUGGGACAGCGAGAUGGAACCGGAGCGAGGCCUGGACCGUGGUAUCAGCAUCCCAGCUGUGUCUGACUCUUCUUAGAAGACAUGUGGCAAAAAUGGAGACUGAAAGACGACUGCUACUGUGUCAUCUUUGACCUCUGACAUUAAUUUAUCGUGGACCUUGAAUGGAGUCCGUUGCUCUGAAGGUGAAAGGUCACGACCCUAUAUUGAAUGUAUUGUUGAAAGUAACAUGUAAUUCUGUCAUCAAGUGAUAGAAAUGUGGCUCCCCAUUUUAACCAUACGAGCACAUUCCUCUCGUAGGAUAUGAGUCAGAGUGAGAGGGUCAGAGACUCGACUGGUGAGUGAGAGCCACCAAUGAAGCAGAAAUGGUUUAUCGGACAAGUCCAAAAAGAGCUGUUUUCCUGUGUAUGUACCACUGAUUCAGUGAAAAAUCUAAAUCGGGUUGCGGUUCUUCCCCCUCCAGUGACACUAAACAGGCCGGUCCAAACCAUAAGCUUCAUAAACAAGAACGUCCGACUCCCCAUAUACGGCCAACGGCUCCUCAAAAGUGAUAACGGGGGCUGGUUUUCUCCGAUCAUUCGUUGCUCUUUCUGACUCACAGUUGCCCCAUCGGAGCUUCGCCUCCUCUUACCCGUGACUGACACCUCAUCCUGCCUCCUGCGUGAAAACAAGGAACAUCUUGACAGCUCGCUCUUCUGCCUUCUGUUUUGCUGGUGUUGCAUUCUUUCCGCAACAUUGGGGAACAUUUUGGGGGGGGUUUGGCCGUCCAGCAUUGUUUGUUUCCCCUUCUACUUUUUCCAGAGUCCACAGAGACCUGGGGGGUUAUCCAAAGCUCAACCUACAAGCCAGUGUGUAUGGCUUUUAUUAAUAAGCAUAGUGCGUAUUAUGCUUGUGGGAGGGAUGGUUGAUGUAUGAAGCAAGGAGCUGGCUUGUGUGACGGAGCACCUGACAACACAACAGUCACGCUGGACCUUUUGUUUAUUCCCUUUUCUGCUGUUUGCAGUAAUUCUUCUGAAAGUAUCCGCUGGGGUGUCGUGUUGCUGAUCAUGUGGUUGUGUAUUGUGGCAUGCACAUGUGGAGUGAACUGCAGCAAAUCAUGUACAAGUGUAUCAAGGUUAUAUUGAAACUGUGGUUGGAAUACUUUAAUUGAAUAUAAAUUGUGUUUUUGAACAUGUUGGCCAUUUCUUUGAGUUUAUAGAUCAUU